AUGGCUAGCUUCAUCCAAAAAGGCGCCAAAAAUAUUCUGUCCAAGCAGCCCAAUGACGUUGUCAUUCUCUCAGCACUACGAACCCCUGUCACUCGUGCAAAGAAGGGAGGUUUCAAGGACGCCUACGACCAUGAGUUGCUCGCACACGUCCUCAAGGCCACUCUUGACGCCAACCCCAACCUGGACCCCGCCAAGAUCCAGGAUAUCCAAAUAGGCAAUGUCCUCUCCGAACUCGGUGGCAGCAAGGCCGGCAGGAUGGCUUCGCUACACGUAGGAUACCCAGACACAUCCUCGUUCCAGACCGUCAACAGAGCAUGUUCCAGUGGUCUCGCAGCCAUCACAGGCAUUGCUCAUUCGAUCGCUGUCGGCAGCAUUGACAUCGGUGUUGGCGGCGGUAUGGAGAGCAUGACUAGGAAUUACGGCAGCCGAGCCAUUCCUACCCAGCUGUGGGACGACCUCAAGAACUCGCCUGUCCAGGACGCCCAGGACUGCAUCAUGUCCAUGGGCCUCACAGCUGAGAACGUUGCCGAAAGAUAUGGUGUCUCAAGAGCAGACCAGGAUGCCUUUGCCGCCAACUCACACCAAAAGGCUGCCAAAGCUCAAAGAGAUGGACUGUUCGACAAGGAGAUUGUUCCAGUCAAGACAAGAUACCACCCCAACCCAGAGACUCCCGAGGUCACCGAAGAGAUCACCGUGACCAAAGACGACGGAAUCCGACCAAAGAGUACACCAGAGAGUCUUCAAGCAAUGAAGCCUGCUUUCAAGUCUGAUGGCAGAUCUACAGCCGGAAACAGCAGUCAAGUCUCUGAUGGCGCAGCUGCUACAUUGAUGAUGAGAAGAAGCACAGCCACACAACUUGGUCUUGAAAAGAACAUCAUUGGUAAAUGGGUGGCUACUCAGGUAGUCGGUUGCAAGCCCGACGAGAUGGGUAUCGGUCCUGCCAUCGCUAUUCCCAAGCUGCUCGAAUAUACUGGAAUUUCCACAUCAGAGGUCGGCAUCUGGGAGAUUAACGAAGCAUUCGCCAGUCAGGCCAUCCAUUGCAUUCGAACCCUUGGCAUCUCAGAGGACAAGGUGAAUCCCAAGGGUGGUGCUAUUGCUCUUGGUCAUCCCUUGGGUGCCACUGGCGCCAGACAGCUUGCCACACUAUUGCCCGAAUUGGAAAGACAAGGUCAAGAGAUUGGCAUAGUAUCCAUGUGUAUUGGAACUGGAAUGGGCGCGGCAAGUCUUUUUUCCCGUGAGUAG